AUUGGAUUGACGUUCGGUGUUCGUGUUCAGUCAGCAUUCAGGAUUGUAUUGUGCUUUUGGCUGCUGCUUAUCGAAUCUCUUUUAUUUUAAUAAUUGCUUAGUUGAUUUUCAAUGUUUUAAAUUACAAAUUUUGGAUCUACGAAUAUGAAACAGCUCGUGCUUGUGUGUGUAGUCGCUUUUGCGUUUAUUGGGGCGGCAAAAGCUAACCUAGACGCUGAAGAUACCCCAACAGUAAACAUAGAUCUAGGAGCCAGCAAAGAAGGUUCUCGAACUGACGAUGAAGCCGUUCAAAGGGAGGAAGAAGCAAUCAAGCUGGAUGGACUCAAUGUAGCUCAACUCAAAGAACUCAGAGACCAGGCUGAAAAGUUUACAUUCAAAACAGAAGUUAACAGGAUGAUGAAACUUAUCAUCAAUUCAUUAUAUAGAAACAAAGAGAUUUUCCUGAGAGAACUAAUUUCAAACGCUUCUGAUGCUCUGGAUAAAAUCCGUCUGCUGUCUUUAACUGACAAGUCCGUCCUAGACACAAUGGCAGAAAUGAACAUAAGAAUUAAGGCUGAUAAAGAUACAGGGAUGUUACAUAUAACUGACACAGGAGUUGGUAUGACCAAACAGGACCUUGUAAAUAAUUUGGGAACCAUUGCUAAGUCCGGCACAGCAGAAUUUUUGGGUAAAAUGCAAAAUGCCGAAUCUACCCAGGAAUUAAAUGACAUGAUUGGUCAAUUUGGAGUAGGAUUUUACUCAGCCUUUUUGGUAGCCGAUAAAGUUAUUGUUACUUCAAAGCAUAAUGAUGAUAAACAAUACAUUUGGGAAUCUGAUUCUUCUAGUUAUAGUAUUGCUGAUGAUCCAAGAGGCGAUUCUUUGAGAAGAGGAACCACUGUAAGUCUGCAACUCAAACCUGAAGCCAAAGAUUUCCUCGAUCAUGAAACCAUCAAAAAUCUUGUAAGAAAAUACUCACAAUUCAUCAACUUCCCCAUUUACUUAUGGACUAGUCAUACUGAAACUGUAGAAGAACCAGCUGAUGAUGAGGCAUCAGAAAAAUCUACACCAGAACCUGUUGAAGAUGAAGAAGAUGCUGCCAUAGAAGAGGAAAAGGAAGAAACCAAGCCAAAAACUAAGACAAUUACCAAAACUGUGUGGGACUGGGAAAAACUAAAUGAUAACAAGCCUAUUUGGACAAGAAAACCUUCAGAAGUUGCAGACAAAGAAUAUGAUGAAUUUUAUAAAGCGUUAACUAAAGAUGAUAAAGACCCAUUGUCAAGAAUCCAUUUCAUUGCUGAAGGAGAAGUCACAUUCAAGGCUUUACUUUACGUUCCUAAAGUGCAGCCCUCAGAAAGCUUCAACAGAUAUGGAACUAAAACUGACAAUAUUAAACUCUAUGUACGACGUGUAUUUAUUACAGACGAAUUCAACGAUAUGAUGCCAUCUUUUUUGAAUUUUAUCAGAGGAGUUGUAGAUUCUGAUGAUUUGCCUUUGAAUGUUUCUCGUGAAACUUUGCAGCAACACAAACUCAUUAAAAUUAUUAAAAAGAAGCUGGUCCGUAAAGUAUUAGAUAUGCUGAAAAAGAUUCCUGCUGCUGAAUAUGAACAAUUCUGGAAAGAAUUCUCUACAAACAUUAAACUUGGAAUUAUUGAAGACCCAGCCAACAGAACUAGAUUGGCAAAAUUGUUGAUGUUCUUGUCAUCACAUAGUAAUAAAAUGACUUCUCUAGCUGACUAUGUUAGCCGCAUGAAGCCUAAACAAGAUAAAAUCUUCUACAUGGCUGGAGCUACAAGAGAAGAAGUGCAUAAAUCUCCAUUUGUCGAAAGACUUUUACGCAAAGGCUAUGAAGUUUUAUUCCUUACUGAAGCAGUAGAUGAAUACGCAAUUUCUGCAAUCCCUGAAUUUGAAGGCAAAAAGUUCCAAAACGUUGCCAAAGAAGGUUUUAGUUUAACUGAAGCUGAAGGAGGCAAAGAACGUUUGGAGCAAAUUCAAAAGUCUUUCGAACCGCUAACCAAAUGGCUUGCAGAUGAUGCAUUAAAAGACCAAAUUGCGAAAGCUACAGUAUCAGAAAGAUUGAGUGAUUCUCCUUGUGCCUUGGUUGCCAGCAUGUUUGGAUGGACUGGCAACAUGGAAAGAUUAGCUGUUUCCAAUGCCCACCAAAAAUCUGAUGACCCACAAAGAUCCUAUUAUUUGAAUCAGAAGAAAACUUUGGAAAUUAAUCCAAGACAUCCUUUGAUCAAAGAAUUAUUAAAAAGAGUUAGUGAUGACACUACAGAUCCUAACGCCAAAGAUAUGGCUUUAAUGCUUUUUAGAACUGCCACAUUAAGAUCUGGAUACAUGCUCCAGGAUACCACUGAUUUUGCUCAAAGUAUUGAGGCAAUGAUGAGAAAAACUUUGGGUAUUUCCUUAGACGAACAGGUCGAGGAAGAAGAAGACAUUCCAGAAGAUGGCAUUCCCGAAGAAGAAGCUGAUAGUUCAGAUAAAGACGAUGUUGAACAUGAGGAAUUGUAAAUUUAAUGAUAAUUUAAUUUAAUUGGUGUGAGAUUGUGUGUGAUGAUUUAUUUUUGUUGUUGUUUUCGAACAACUUAGAAGACUUCUUUUGUAAUUAUUUAUAUUGAAUAAAAUUUCCUAUUUAUGUUAAAUUAUAA